ACGAAACUGGGGAGCAUCGAUGGAGGAGCAGUUGCGCUGGUGUGAAACAGGGAUGGAGGUGGUCUGUGCGCCAGAGGACAUGCUGCUCAUUUCCAUCGUUGUGAGAUGGUUUCGCCCGUGGUUCCGCGCAACAAAUUAGACCAAAUGAGGCGCACCGAGUCACCGAAGACAGAAUUUCGGCCUACAAGUCAUUCAGAGAACAAGAACUUAAAAAUAUCAGCAAAGUUGUACAUGUCGGGUGAUGACCAGUCCAAAACCUCCUCUCGUAAAGAUGACCCACGAGACCUUAAUAAAUUUUGUAUACCAAGGCCACCCAAGGGCCAUCAAAAACCAGUGCUCAUGGCUUGUGUGCAUAAGACACAGCCAGCGGAUGAAGUUAGAAAUGCUGUGCGAAGGGCAGUGUCUCAUCCAGUGAACCUGGACGCAGACAAUCAACCUCUGGACUACACAGGGAUGGAAGGGCUUCGGUUUGAUGACCAAGGCCUGGUUCUUCCACACAGUAUCCUGGGUAGUUUAGAUGAUUUCAGAAAUUAUCUGGAGGCCAAAGGAGAGACAGAGUUGGUCAAGCGAAUACCAAAAUCACAGAAAGAUCCUCCAUCUGAGGCCCCAGGGAGGCAUCACUCUGAAUCUGAGGAUAAUGGGUGUGGCUUUCGCUCAGGCUACAGCAACACUCAGGGUAAUGCCCUGCAGCACUGGCAAACACAUAUGACUCAACGCAGACGGCAGCAGGGCUUCUUAUCAGACUUGCUCAACAGGCCAGUCGAAAACCUGCUGAUGAACCAAGAUAACCAUUUCAGACAAACUCAGGAGCAGAGGGAAAUUCUAAACCAAGUCAUGCCACUCAUCCAUUCUGGAUAUGGCCACCGUGUUGGCAGCGAGUUUUGGAGUCUCCCCCAGCGUUAUGGAGAUGAAAUGAGUGGCAUCACAGCCACUCUUACUCAGACAGAGCAGGGCAGGCGGGAACCUGUCACACAUGUAGCCCAACCACAAAGCAUACGGCAGGAAGCAGGAAUAAUUUGUUUUGAGACUCUGCGUCCAGCCUCUUGGACUUGGGACCAGGAUGAACACCUGUUGUACCAGUGCCAGGAGCUCAAAGAGGUGCUACAGGAUAUGGACAUUUACAAACCGGACAUUGACAGACUGGAGGUGAUUGGCUCCAGUAAGCCAUCCCCUUUUGUCACAGUGUGUUGUAGUCCCUUAAUAGAGGAGGAAGAAGAGGAGAAGGAGCACAAGGAGAUGAAGAAUGAGAACCUUGAUCCACUGGCACAGUAUGAUAAUGUUCAGUCAGAUGCUCUGCUUAUUCCUGCCUUGAGGUUCUGUGGUCAACUUGCUACCUGGACUGGAAACUCUAAUACUAACCAGGGAGAAGUAGGAAUCAGUGCCACAAUAAUAUUUGAGGCCCUGACUGGAGAAACUGCCUCAUCUCACCUGGAGCUGCAAAAUGACGGCAGUACAGCCAUCUUCUACAGCUGGCAGCAGCUUCUCAUGCCUAGCAACUUUCCUAAUCUGCGAUCACAAACAAAGAAUCCCUGCUUCUACUUCAACUCCUCCUCUGGUGUGAUCCUUCCAGGUCACACACAGCAGAUGGAGUUCAUAUUUAAGUCAGAGGAGCCCGGCAUUAAAACUGAACUGUGGCAGCUGAACACCCACCCAGUGCUGCUGCAAGGAGCCUCCAUGCAGGUCACGCUGAGGGGAGUGGCUCUGUAUCAGGACAAAACGGCAGACCAGAGGCUUUUCAUAGAGACAAAACUGGAGAACAUAGUAUUAGGAAAACUGUGUCGGUCGAUUGUGCAUGAGGUUCUGCAGGGUGUCCAAACCCCAGAGAGACCCAGUUCUCCUGCAGAACUUUACAUCACUGAGGAGCAAGAGUUUUUGAGGAGAAACCCUAAGUUGCAGUACCUUGAUGAGCCAGUGGAGGACCUAAAGAGACUGUGGCAAGAAAUGAAUCCGGGACGCUCCUGGGACCUUUCUGUUGAUACACUCCAACAGGUUGUGCUGUCUCUGCCCGAUCAAGAGUCUGCUCAGGAGAAGAGGCUGGCCCGGCUCAACUCUGUGCUCCUGCAGCUUUCUGAACCUUCUGAAUUGAAACACCAUCUAACAGCAGCAGCUAUAGGGCAGCAGCUGUGGAGGAAACUGCUGGACAUGAUGGUUAUUGAGGCCAUCAGGCUCAGAAACCUGCUGGGCCUUCCAGAGAGAGACACAUGGAUUGGCAAAAUGGAAGAAUCCCAAAUCUCUGAAACUGAUAUGGCUGACAACAGAGAUGCAGGAGCAGCAGGAGCUGCUGCUAAAGAGGAGAGGAGUGGUGCAAGGUCCAGAUUUAAAGAUGUUAACAAGCCAACAACUACUGAAAAAUCCAUGGAGGAUGCCAGAAAAAAGGGGAAAAGAAGGGAUGAAGCAGGGAAACGCACUAGAGAAAAGCAAGGGCAGGAAUCAACCUCACUGACUGACACCCGUCCAGAGGGCAUUAGUCAGCGUCCUCCUGAGGACCAAAGUGUAGAGCUGGAGGUGAUGGACAUUAACACAAGGCUCCUACACAAAAAGGUUUAUGCUCUGUUGGAGGAGCUGGUGGACAGCUUGUGUGACCUGAUGGAUGAUCUUAAUGAGGGAUGUGAACAGGACACACACACACAUGAAAGGCACACACAGGAGAUCACUGAAUAUAUACAAUAUUAAAUGUAAUAAAAUGUGUCACCUGUUUUUAUUCUUCACUUUGUUGCAAAAUCAAUAAACCUUUUGUCCUUCUGACACA